GGAAAGUGUCUAUUUAAUGAAAAGAUGUCAUUAUAUAAGUUUCUUUAACUCAAAACAUUAUGCAAUGUUUCUUUUCUCUUUCUGUUGGUAAUAAUAACUGUAUCCAUAAAAUCGUUUCUCAUAACAUAUCAAAUACGAAUAAACUGAGAUCAAUUUUACUAAAGGAACGAAAAGGGUCAAGGUCAUGGCUGUGACACUGGCGAAGGCGACUGCUAAGCUGGGAGUGGCUGGUGGAGCAGUGUAUCUAACAGUGAAGGAGGGACUGUGGGGGACCAGUAAAGAAAGCAAUGAUGCCUACAAACGUCUGAAAUCAAAGACCCUGAACGAAUGGCUCCCAGCUAGUGUGGAGAAACCCACCACAACCAGAAAGAUUGCACCAGUAACAGUGAAGAAAGAAGCGACAGCUGACAUUAGACCUCAACAGCCAUCACAAUACAACGCAUGUGUGAACAAAGUAUUUGAGACCCUAGCAGACUUGCCAGAUACCGUUCCAAAGAAACUGAAUUCUGUUGUUGUGUAUUUCAAGGAGCUCAGUGGAUGAAAUCUACAUGUUCUGAGAAGUCGACAUUGUUUUUAUGUAUAAAUUGUAAAUAAAUGAUGUGAAGAAAAAAUUGUUUGGUAUGUCUGAUUCAUUGGGACAUAGAAUCUACUGCAAACAAGCUGUUCUGUUUGUUAGGCUAUUCAGAUGACCUUCUCAGUAUACACAUUUGUUGGAGCAGUCACUAGUGGUACAUAUGUACCUGACCAUGUACUGCUAUCUGUUUCACAGAACUCUUUAAAUGGAUUGCUUCUGGUU